AACACAAUUAACGAAAGACUUAUCAGGAACGUCAAAGAGAUGCUUCAAAAACCCAGAGAGCCGAAGGAAUACUCUGAACCUAAAAAAGAAUCAUCCAAAAAAGAUGAAUGCCAAAGUGAUAUUCAAGAACCUAAAGAGCUGAAGAAAUACUCCAAGAACCCUAAACCUAAAAGAGAAUCAUCCAGAAAUAAUGUUAAUACUUCAAAAACCCAGAGAGCCGAAGAAAUACUCCAAGAACCCGAACCUAAAAGGGAAUCAUCCAGAGAAGAUGUUAAAGAAAUACUACAAAAACCUGAGCUUGAAAGAGAAUCAUCAAGAAAAAACGUUAGUAGAACGAAAAAGAAAAAAAAAACCUUAAUUAAUGACUUACUAGAAACGCCGAAAAAAUACUCCAAGAAACUGAACUUGGAAGAGAAUAACCAAGAAAGAAAAAAAGU